AUGCAGAGCCCUGCUCGCGUCGUCGAGCAUCUGCACAAUCUCCCCACCAAGCGAGUGGACGUACGUCUCCCUCCUCAUCAGGUCGAUCUUGACGUCCUUGACCCGCUGCGCCUGCGUCUGAUCCUGGCCCUUCCUCUUCUUCUCAUGGCUGCGCCUCCUAUACUGAACAGCGCGGAUGAAGCAGUCCUUGAAGCUGCGGCUCUUCUCACUCUGCGCGCUCUGCGGCGCAACGGUCACGAGGGCAUUCCAUCCCUCCAUACCGACCACGAUCCAUGGAUCGCCCCGCGUGGUAGCCCGCGCGACCACUUUGACGAGCUUGCUAAGCGGCGUGUCCCUGUAGAAGUCGCGGGGCUGGAUCUCAUACCGCCGAGUGAGGGCGGGGAGAAUCAGGUACGGGUGCGCGCGGUAGAUGCGCCAGCUGACCGCCGUCAGGGGACAGAGUGGCGCAGCCCACGAGCGCCAUCGCGCCGGGCGAGCAAGUCCGUUCGGGGUGUAGAUCUCGAUCACGCGCACAUCGGAGCGGUGCAGGCCACCGAAGAGGAAGAACGUCCGCCGCCACGGCGUGAGUGUCGUUCGCGGGUGGUCGAGGAGAGCCCACAAUGA